AUGUCUUCUACAACCACCAGUGCCACCUUGCCUAGUGGCAUGAGAGUCUUGGCUUCUUUCCCUGAUAUUCUCAUCAUUCCUGAAUUUGUUUUUGGUGGCCUUGUUUGGAUCCUGGUGGCUUCUACUAGAGUGGCUGAACCCAUGAGUCAAGGCUGGGUGAUGUUCGUCUCCGUGUUUUGCUUCGUGAUUUCAACCUUGCUUUUGUUCCUGUAUAUGUGUGGUGCUCACUGUGGAAAAUCUGCCUGGGUUACUCUGGAUGCAUUCUACCAUGUCAUCGCUUCCAUAUUUUACUUGAGUGCAGCCGUUUUGCAAGCCUAUGUGACCUAUCUCAUGAAGACCGGUGGAACAUACAAAAACUACCAGAUAGAUAUUGCAGCAGUGGUUUUCGCCUUUGCCGUUACACUGACCUAUGUCAUCCAUAUGGUAUUCUCGCUAAUAAGAUGGAAAGCCUCUUAAAAAUCCUGAACGUUCUUUUUAAAAUGGAUUUUGCAGGCAUAUUUGGUCUGUUAC